AAAGAAAACCGCAAGAAACUUGAAGCAGAGGGGGAAUCCGAAUCAAGAAAUGGGAAGAAGAAAAAUGCCUUCCGGUGCGCCGGCGGAGCACCGUAGCUUCCCGUCCGUCACCGAGUGCGACCCCUCCGGUCGGGAGUCCCAUUCCGCUGCCGCCGAUCUCGACGGCACUCUCCUCGUCUCCCGGAGCUCCUUCCCCUACUUCUUCCUCCUCGCCGUCGAGGCCGGCAGCAUCCUCCGCGGCAUCAUCCUCCUCAUCCUCUCGCCGCUCGUCCUCCUCGUCUAUAAAUUGGUCUCGGAGGCGGCGGGGAUCCAGAUCUUGAUCUACGUGGCGGUGGCGGGACUCCGGAUGCGGGACGUGGAGCUGGCGGCGCGGGCGGUGCUGCCGCGGUUCUACGCGGCCGACGUGCGGGCGGAGAGCUGGGCAGCGUUCCGCGCGUGCGGGCGGUGGCGGGUGCUGGUGACGGCGAACCCGACGGUGAUGGUGGAGGCGUUCGCGAAGGAGUAUUUGGGGGCGAACGCGGUUCUGGGGACGGAACUGGAGGUGGACAGGAAGACAGGGCGGGCGACGGGAAGGGUGGCGCCGCCCGGGGUGCUGGUGGGUCGGCGGAAGAGGGAGGCGGUGGAGAGGGCGUUCGGGGCGACGCCGCCGGAUCUGGGGCUCGGGGAUCGGGAGUCCGACCACGACUUCAUGGCGCUCUGCAAGGAAGCCUUCAUGGUGCAUCCAGACCCGAAGGCGGCCCGGGUCCCGGCGGAGAGGCUGGAUGCCCGGACCAUCUUCCACGACGGCCGGCUGGUCCAGCGUCCGGACCCGGGGACUGCCCUGCUGACCCUCCUCUGGCUCCCAUUGGGCUUCGCCCUCUCCGUCUUCCGCGUCUUCUUCAACCUCCCCGUCCCGUGCCCCUACGUCCGCCACACCUACCGCCUCACCGGCAUCCGCCUCUCCAUCCGCGGGUCCCCGCCUCCGCCACCCUCGCGGGGCUCUCCCGGGUCCCUCUUCGUCUGCAACCACCGCACCGCCCUCGACCCCAUCCUCGUCAGCAUCGCCCUCGGCCGCUCCGUUUCCUGCGUCACCUACAGCAUCAGCCGCAUCUCCGCCUCCAUCUCCCCCAUCCCGGCCGUCGCCCUCUCCCGCGACCGCGACGCCGACGCCGCCCGCAUCGCCGCCCUGCUGAAGCACGGAGACCUGGUCAUCUGCCCCGAGGGCACCACGUGUCGCGAGCCCUUCCUCCUCCGCUUCUCCGCGCUGUUCGCCGAGCUCAGCGACCGCAUCGUGCCGGUGGCGAUCGACACCAAGCAGAACGUGUUCUACGGGUCGACGGUGAGGGGGUGGAAGUUCUUGGAUCCCUACUUCUUCUUCAUGAAUCCGAGGCCCGCAUACGAGGUGACGUUCUUGGAACCGCUGAGGGAGGAGCAGACCUGCAAGGGUGGGAAGACCGCGAUCGAGGUGGCGAACUACGUGCAGAAGGUCAUUGCUGGAGCGCUGGGGUUCGAGUGCACCACGCUCACCAGGAAGGACAAGUACAUAAAACUUGGAGGGAAUGACGGUAAGUUGGAGUCCAUCAAGUCCUUCAACAAGGAAUCUUAAUUGAGAGGUACCUAGGUUGGAUGUUUAAUAUUAUGGUUAGAUACGAGGUUGGAGAUCGACAAGGGUCUAGCAGUUGAGAUGCAUGGUGGUUUAUUUCAUUCGACGACUGACUACUUGAUGGCUUGGUGCUGUAUGUUUACGAAAUCCGACUGUUUGUUCUAGGAGUGUGCAAGUGUCGCGCGCAAUAUUAAUAUUCUUGUAUAUCACCAGGAUAAUAUCUUCGAAGUUUGAUGAUAACGAAGCGUUUAAUUUUUAAUAAAGUACA